AUGGCAUCUAAUGGAGUUUCCAAGAUCACUGAUCAACAAAAUCAACAACAAUCCGCAGGUUUUGUAGGGGUGGUUGGUGGUGGCUCCGGCGUCAUUCCGGCGAGGGCUCAGAGGUCUGUUCUUGAAGCAGGGAGCAAUGGCGAGAAGUCGUCUUUGGUUUUGGCUGAAAAGAGAACGAGAAGGAAAGAUCCCAUAAACGAUUUCAAGUACUACAAUGGUGGAUGGAAUAUAAGCAACGAUCAUUACAUCUCUUCUGUUUCAUUUACUGCCGUCCCUUUGUUUGGCAUUGCUGCAAUCUGGUUUGCGGGAUUCGGUCUGUUUUUGCUCGUAAUCGGUUGCUAUUAUUGUUGUUACGGUCGAAAGAUACGUUACGGGUAUUCUCGAACCGCGUAUGCACUCUCUCUCGCUUUCCUUGCCCUCUUCACGAUUGCCGCAACUGUUGGAUGUGUGACUCUUUACACGGGUCAAGGGAAGUUUCAUAAAAGUACAUCGGAUACGUUGGACUUUGUUGUACGACAAUCGAAAGAUACGGUUCACAAUCUCAAUAAUGUGUUGAAUAUUCUUGCGACGGCGAAGGGGAUUGGAGUGGAUCAAGUUUCUUUACCUUCGGAUAUGAAGAACAACAUUGAUCGGGUUGAUAAAAUGAUAAACGAUGCUGCUAGAGACCUUGACUUCGAUACCAAAAAGAACGAGAAGCAUAUACACGAUGUUCUAAACUCCAUUAGGCUUGCGCUUAUAAUAGUCGCCGCAGUUAUGCUUCUCGUAGCCCUUCUCGGUUUCGUCUUCUCCAUAUUUGGCUUGCAAGUUCUUGUUUACAUAUUGGUGGUCGUAGGUUGGAUUCUCGUUACGGCUACGUUUAUCUUGUGUGGCGUAUUUCUCACGCUUCAUAAUGUUAUGGGUGACACAUGUGUUGCGAUGGAUGAAUGGGUUCAGAACCCCACGGCUCAUACGGCAUUGGACGAUAUACUUCCGUGUGUUGACAACGCAACUGCCAAAGAAACCGUGUUUCAGAGCAAAGACGUCACUUUUCAGUUGGUCGGGAUGGUUAAUAAAAUCAUCAACAACGUGGCAAAUAUCGACCCCCCACCCUUAUUCGGUUUCGUUAGUUACAAUCAAUCCGGUCCAUUGGUUCCCACCCUCUGUAACCCGCUAAACCCCGACAAAACUGAUCGAAAAUGUCAAGCGGGUGAAUUGGACGCUAGUAACGCGGCUGAGGUGUGGAAGGAUUAUGUAUGCCAAGUGUCUACACAAAAUAUAUGCACAAAUGUCGGGCGAUUGACGCCAAAGAUGUAUAACCAGAUGUCAGCUGCAGCCAACGUGAGCUCGGGUUUAUCGAACUACGGUCCGUUCCUAGCCGGAUUACUGGAUUGUUCUUUCGUUAGGUACACAUUCACCCAAGUCCAUAACGAUCAUUGCCUGGAUCUCAGAAAAUACAGCAAGUGGGUCUACAUCGGUUUAGCCAUGGUGUCGGCUGCCGUGAUGCAUUCGUUGGUUUUAUGGGUGUUGUAUGCCCGAGAAAGACGGCAUCGGAAGUAUACGAAGCUCGCGGUCGUUGGAUCGGGCCAAAGUUCGUUUGCGACGAAAUGAGAACAGAAGUGAAAAAUGUGUCAA